GCUGCACCGAGCCUCGCGCUAUAUCAAGCACAUUGGCUGUCUUUCUCUUUUUUGGUCCAUCUCUCUCCUUUCCUCCUACCUUCUCUCUUUUUCUCAUCUUCUCUUCCUCUACCUGUCUCUCUUCCUCUUUUCAUCUCUCUCUUUCUCUUCCCUUCUUUCAUCUGAGUUGGUCAUCAUCAGAGAUCAGCAUCAUUUUGUCAUUCGAUUUUUCUCAGAUAAGAUGUUGUCAAUGUGAUACUUUUGACAUCUCGGAGUGUGGGAACGAUCGGAAAACUGGCCAGGGACGGAGUGAUCGUCGAGCCAGGCUCGAUGAGAAGGAGAAAGAGGAGGCACGAUAAUGGGCAACGCCACGACGAAAGAUUAUUCGAAGAACAUCUCCGUCGGCACCAAUUCGAGAAAGACGCGUUGGGAUGGUCCAGGCCUUCCAGCCCCGCCAGGCAAACCUAUCUUAAUAUCGGGUACGGACGAAACGCAGCCGGAUGUUGUGGCGAUACGAUGGGAGAGGUCGCCGAGUAACGGUGGAUCAGCGAUCGUCGGAUACUUGGUCGAACAUCGACGACUGGGCUCUUCUCACUGGGUACGAAGCAGCUCCGAUCUGUGUGCCUUUCCGGAGCUAACUCUGAGCGGUCUCCAGCCAGGAUGGCGCUACCAAUUUCGAGUCAGAGCGCAGAAUGCAGUCGGACUUUCGCGGCCGAGCGAAAUCUCCGAGCCGCUGACAGUUACCUUACAAAGGGCCGCCGCAGCUUGCGUUCCUCAUUUCGAUCUGGAGCUCAAGGAUACGACUGUGCUGGAGAACGAACAGGCCGAGUUUGUUGUACAAUUCUCCGGUACACCGUUGCCGAAAAUCUCGUGGCUGAAGGACGGUUUUGAGAUUUUUAGCAGUAGACGCACUAGGAUUAUUACAGACAACGGAAAAAGCGUUCUUCUGAUUCAUCAAACUGCGCAUAACGACGAAGGUGAAAUCAAAUGUACCGCCACCAAUCGAGCGGGUCAUGUUGCUACCAGAGCUAAAUUAAUUCUCGAAGCAUCACCGCGGAUACGGCUACCACGUCAAUACGAGGACGGUUUGCUUUUCGAGCAAGAUGAGACCAUCAGAUUGAAGGUAUCCUUGGCAGGUAAGCCAUCGCCUACUGUCACCUGGUUUCAUGACGGGGAGCUGAUAUCCCAGGAUGCUAGACACAUAUUUGAGGUGAUGGACGGUGAAUCAGCUUUGAAAAUACCAGAUGCCAAACGAAAUGAUCGAGGCGAAUAUACCGUCAAAGCCACGAACAAAUUGGGUGAAGAUGUUGCGUCUUUUCUGGUCACUGUAACAGAUCGGCCCGCUGCUCCCGGAAAAGUGACUGUCGAAAUGACUCUUGGUAGAUCGGUGACAUUAUCGUGGAAAGAACCAGAGGAUGAUGGCGGAUGCAAGAUCGGGACUUACAUCGUCGAAUAUUAUAGAAUUGGCUGGGAAGUGUGGCUUAAAGCAACGACAAGCAGACGCACCAGCGCAACGUUAACAGAACUGAUCGAAGGCUCUGAAUAUAAAUUUCGGGUGAAGGCUGAAAAUCCUUACGGAGUCAGCGAUCCUAGCGAAGAAAGCGACAUUGUCUUUAUUCCAGAUCUUAAACGAAGAAUUGUAACACCUUUGAGUGAGAAGUCGCAAAGCCACAGAGAAAUCAGUAGAUCUCGCGGCGACAAACGCGAGGUGAGUUUUACUAUGCCGGCGCAAAGAACUAGGAGUUUAACGAGGGAAGAAGCGAGAACGCGAAAUGACGAAGACAGCGAUCGUUUCGCAUACGAUGAGCGAUCUGCUUCAACACAACGACUCACAACGCCGAUUUCUACGCUGGAUAGGCCGUCGAGAGCAGACAGUAGAGUGACAUUUGCACCGGAUACUUUGGAGAAGGAACCACCAGUUCCUCCAGUUAGAUCCAGAGAUCACGCUUCCACAAAGCAACAAAUUUCUCCUGGAAAUCAUACAGACAGAUCGAAUAUUAUGGCAGAUAUAAAAGACAAGCAAGAUAUUGUUGUAAAGAGAGAAAGAACAAUGUCGCCCAGACCAACCGUGACAGUCUCUUCUCCGGUCGAGGAAGAUUUCAAACCACGCUCGGUAUCUAUGGCAAAAGAAAGAAGAAGUCUUUCUCCGCUUUCGAUGCCAAGAGCUCAAGAAUACCAGAAAGAGGAGAAUCGCCCCACGUCUACCCAUCUUUUAUCAUUUUCAAAUUCGAGUCUGAAAAGACAGACCGUCCUAAAUGAACCCAUGUUACUUUCACCGCAUAAUAGCCUACAAUUGCAAAAGAUGUCACGAGAGGAUGAUGAAGACGCUUUACACGGUAGCUCGGAGUUUAUGCUGGUUCUAUACCCGGAGGAUGAGACGCAAGAGGAAAAUAUGACGAAUGAAACUCGCAGAAGUAACAAACAUGACAUAAUCGAGUUGACGGAAGAGGAGAGCGAUCUUAUACCGCCGCCAAUAUCAUUGUCUCUUCCGGAAUUAUUCAGUCCGCAGCAUGAAAUAGUCGAAGUGAUGCGAGCAGCGGUCAGCUCCACCGAACUUCUCCACGAACGAGCCAUGGAACGUUUCUAUCGCGCGGUCGCCGCCGAAGAGGCAUCCGAGAUUGCCAAACAGAAGACGCAGCUUGAGAGGCAAACCGGCGAAUUGGCCCUAUUAAAUGUCGAAUCUGCUCAGAAAUCGUCUCUUCUAAGACGCCUAUCCAAUUCUGGCGUCACGACUCAGAAUUUAUUCGUCUCGUGGCAAGCUAAAAAGAAUCGUCGAAGAUCGAGCGAGGGACAAACCGAAACAACCCCGAAAAUAAUGAAACAUCUCUCGCCGGCUUUGCUGCCGGAUGUCGAAGCCAGGUCGGAUCCGAAUCUCCCGUCUGAAACGACGAUGGCCGAUUCCUGGAGGAGGAGCAACGAGGACGAAUCUGUAGAGCGUCUGCGUAGAUGGCACGAAACGAACGUACCAUUGUCGGAGGAGGUGCAAGAAAAAUCGAUACGAACAGAUGACGAAGAGGGGAUGGCAGCUUCCAUAACUGUAAACAGAGCCAAGGAAAUGGAAGAGGAAAUUAAUAGCAUCGAAACUUCCGAAGAAUCGUCGGAAGAGAUUAGUAGUGCGGAUAGCGAAGACUUGAAGUCAUUAAAAUCAAGGAUUCUAGCGAGACAAGUUAUCGAUGAAGAAGAUACUUAUCAUCCUAGAGGAAGGCCAAUUCCACAUGUCGAGCCAGAAUUGCCACAGAUUUCGUACGAUAGAAUGACAAGCUUGGAGACUCCACCUGUCAGAGCACUUACUCCUGUCUCGCCGAGCAACAUAGUACCAAAAUCUAUCUUGAAGAAACCCAAGGAAGAAAUUUCUUCAGAUAAUUUUGACGGAUCGGUUUCUCCAGAAAUACCAAUUAGACAGAUAUCGCCGCAGCCCUAUGAACAAGAAAAUAUAGAAAAGGUAAUUGAUGUUGAGGAGAAAAUCACAGAUUUUUCGAGCAUAUCCGAGGCUCUAAAGACACCUACAAUGUCGGAAUCCGAUACAGAUAGCAUCUUAUCGGCAGCAGAAGCGGCGAAAAAUCGACGAAUGCAAUCGAAAUUGCGAUCCAUAACACCUGAAGAAGAGGCGGAAAUAGAGGCCAGAAUGGCAGUCGUGAAUCAAUACACCGAGAUAGUUCGCGAGUACGCGAGUCAUUCGCGACACGGUAGCGCAGCCAGUUCUCGAAGAUCUUCCAUUUCCGAGGAUCAAGCGGAUCUAAAGCAUCGAGUGCAGGAAAAACUUGCGCCGAAGCUAGCAGAUAAACAAGAGCAGAAUGAGGCGAAAUUAAAAAUUAAAGAUAAGGAUAAAGUCGACAAACAAGUAAAAAAUAAUCAAGCGCCAGCAGUUGUCAAAAAAGAAGGUGCUAAUUCCAGAGGCACGACUCCUGCGAAAGACACAACGAUUGCGAAGCGCGGAAGUAGACCGACUUCCCGAGACCAAUCUCCGGCUGCCAGAAAAAGGGAACGAACGACAGAUGCUUCAUCGAGAUCAUCCUCGAAGACUCGAAAUCGUACGCCUUCUCUGGAAAGAAACAAUCGAUCAUUAGCGAAAAACGAUUUAAACGAACAAGGCUCUCGUAGAUCUAAAAUACCUUCUCGCCCUUCCUCGCGUUCCUCUUCGAGAUCAAACUCUAAAGAGAGGUUUAGAGCGACGGUAUCGGCGGAAUCAAAAUCCGAGAAGCUGCAGAAGGCACUCGAGAGUAACAAGUAUCGAGCGAUGAAAAAAGAACCCGAGGUUACCAAGGAAAAUGCCAGGAAAAGCACACCCGAACAGACAGGUAGCAAGCAGUUAGCUCUGGAAGCUAAAAACACGGUCAGAUCGACAGUGGACUACAUAACCGAUUUAACGUUGCUGAUGGCCGCGAUGUACGUUUAUUUCUUCAAAAAGGAAACCUUGGCGGUUCCGUUUAUCGCUCUACUUCUAUAUCGAAGAAUACAGGAGGAAAUUCACGGGUGGAUGCCACGUCGCUGGUGGCGGUCCACCAAGAAACCCUGAUUGACCUACGUGUGUGUGCAAAUGGUCAUAUAUAUUUUAUGUACAUCAUGUUUUCCAAUCAAACUAUGCUAAAUGAUUACCAAAGAAAUAAUAUAUCUUACGUUGAAACGAUAUAACAUAUCGAGAAUUGCAAACUAUUUAUGACAUCCUUCACAUGUAAUUUUAUCGAUACUCGUUAUUGUUAUCCGCUUUAUUUAUAAUAAAUAUUAAAAUUC